ACCAACACUAACCAGUAAAAUGCCGCAUAAUCUGAAAUUAAGCGAAAUAAAGACAAAUUUAACAAAUAUUAUUGAAAACUUACAACAUUUGGAGAGUUUAAGCAAUGCACUAUUAAAUAGCAGUGAUGUGGAGCAAUCCCUUCAAUUACAACAACACACGACAACGUUGCUAUCGCAGCUGGAGGAUCUGUCGUGUAAACAAAUUAAAAGCGUUCAAGUGCAGCGCAAACGAAGACGCCAAAGAGUGAAACAAAAGCGCAAGUUGCAAAAGAGAGUGAAUAAAGCAGAUGCAAACUAUUUCAAGGACACAAAGGUCAUUUGCGAGCCAGCGCUGCAGCAGACUGAGAAACAUGCUGAACACAUUACACUCAAGAAACUGCAUGAUGCCACUAAAAUACUCCAGACAUUCGAUUUGUUGGAGCGUUUGUACCAGGCGAGGGGUGGCAACAAUGAUGACUUGGGCCAGAAACUUGCCCAAAUGCGCACAGUUUGGAGGCGCGUCAAGCAGGAGAGUGAGAAUGAGACAGGUGCGCAAGUCGCUGGUAAUUUGGAAAAGCAGUGGGAUCAGGUAAUAUUUGGAAGUUCAUCCGCUCCGCUAAAGGAACAACGACGUGGACAGAAAAAGCAAAACAUACAAGAAUUUUUGCAAAGACGGACAACUGUCACUCCAUUUUUAUACUCUUUGCAGACUCGUCUGGGACUCCUACAUAUGUGACAAUGAGAAGAGUGCGUCGUGCAUACCCGUUGGCUGGGUGCUACCACCUGUAGUGCCGCUGCCAGAGUGGGCAGAGUUUCAAAAUGAAUAAAAUAUAUACAAAGAUA